UGGCUUAGUCAGUCAGUUAUUUUGGUGUGUGUGUGUGUGUGUGUGUGUAGCAAGGAGGCUGCUUGGUAAAUACUGCAGCAGAGGAGACAGCAGAACAUCCUAUUACCAAGAUGCUGUUGACAUUACAGUGUGAAACAGACAUGGCUGCUGUGGUUUCAAAUUCUUCUACAACAGAGCUGUAUAUGGAUACCACCAAAGCAACACAAGAUUUGUGUAUAAAUGAUGUAGUCCUAUCCUCACCACAGUGCUAUACUGAAGAAGCUCUCAUGCAGUCUUCUGCUGACAACAGCACUACCAACACAAGAAAAAACAGUGAGAAUCCCAUAGUAACUGAGAUUACCUCUGCAGCUGCCAUGCUACAUCCAGCUGAAGGAAAUCUGUCAACAUCUGAUAUGAAGCUGUGGACAACACGGAGGGACAAUGCAGUGGAACUGCGAAUGGAAGAUUCAGGUGUUGCCAGCUUGCCCCCUGUUACCAUUCACCAGUUGUUCCAAGACACUGUUAAGAAGUAUGGAGAUUAUGUGGCCCUUGCAUCUAAGCAGGGAGAUCAGUGGCACAAAAUGACAUACGAGCAAUAUUAUGAGCAGUGCAGAAUAGCAGCAAAAGGUUUCCUUAAGUUGGGUUUGGAAAGAUACCAUGGUGUGGGCAUCCUGGGGUUUAACUCUGCAGAAUGGUUUAUUGCAGAUGUGGGAGCUAUUUUUGCUGGUGGCUUUGCUGUGGGCAUCUAUACCACAAAUUCAGCUGAGGCUUGCCAUUAUGUGGCACAGAACUGUGAAGCCAACAUCAUUGUGGUGGAGAAUCAGAAACAACUUCAAAAAAUCCUUCAGAUUCAGGAUCAGCUGCCACACCUUAAGGCAAUCAUCCAAUACAAGGAUGAGCUGAAGGAGAAGAGGCCUAACCUGUAUACAUGGAAAGAGUUCAUGCAGCUGGGAAAAGACAUCCCAGACUCUCAGCUAGACCAGAUAAUUUCAUCUCAGAAGCCCAAUCAGUGUUGCACCCUCAUCUAUACCUCUGGGACCACAGGGCAGCCUAAAGGAGUAAUGCUAAGCCAUGAUAAUAUCACUUGGACUGCAGCAUCAGCAGGAAAGACUGUGCGACUAAGAGAAGCUACUGAUAUGCAGGAAAUUGUGGUUAGCUAUCUGCCUCUUAGCCACAUUGCAGCACAGAUGAUAGAUAUUUGGUUGACCAUGAAGCAUGGAGGGGCCACUUACUUUGCUCAGCCGGAUGCACUAAAGGGCUCGCUAGCCAACACGUUGCGUGAGGUAAGGCCAACAGCCUUUAUGGGUGUUCCAAGAGUGUGGGAGAAAAUGCAGGAGAAAAUGAAAGCUGUUGGCGCUAAGUCAUCUACAAUCAAACGAAAGGUGGCAACUUGGGCCAAAGGUGUGGGCUUAGAGACAAAUCUGAAGAAAAUGAAUGGAUCAACACCUCAUCCAAUGAAGUAUCACGUGGCAAAAAAAUUGGUUUUCAAAAAAGUCCGCAAGGCUCUUGGACUGGACCGGUGCACCAAGUGUUACACAGGGGCGGCCCCCAUCACCAAGGACACCUUAGAAUUUUUCCUGAGCCUCAAUAUUCCUGUUUAUGAGCUUUAUGGGAUGAGUGAAAGUUCUGGCCCGCAUACCAUCUCUUUGCCUGAUGCCUUCAGAAUCACCAGUUGUGGGAAAGUCAUUUCAGGGUGCAAGACAAAAAUACAUCAGCCAGAUAAUGAUGGCAGUGGGGAGAUCCUUUUCUGGGGGCGUCAUGUCUUUAUGGGAUAUCUGAACAUGGAAGAUAAAACCCAAGAGUCCUUGGAUGAGGAGGGCUGGCUGCAUUCUGGUGAUAUUGGAAAACACGAUGAAAAUGGAUUUCUGUAUAUUACCGGAAGAAUCAAAGAGCUGAUAAUUACAGCAGGUGGAGAGAACAUUCCACCAGUUCCAAUUGAAGAUGCCCUCAAAGAGCAGGUUCCAAUAAUCAGUAAUGCCAUGGUGAUUGGAGACAAGAAGAAAUUCCUUUCCAUGCUUCUUACUCUUAAGUGCAAUGUGAAUGCAGACACAGGGGAACCAGAGGAUGAGCUCACUCCAGAAGCCAUUGAGUUUUGUCGGCAGAUUGGCAGCAAAGCCACACUGGUAUCCGACAUAGUCGGGGGCAAAGACACAGCUGUAUAUGCUGCAAUCCAGGAUGGGGUAAAUUCAGUAAAUCAGAAGGCAACCUCAAAUGCGCAGAAGGUCCAAAAGUGGCUUAUCCUUGACCAAGAUUUUUCUAUCGCUGGAGGAGAACUGGGCCCCACCAUGAAGUUAAAACGUCCAGUGGUGGCAAAGAUGUACAAAGACCAAAUUGAUAGCUUCUAUCAGGAUGCAGUAACCCCCACUGAAAACAUCCCCCCUCCUAAGUAGGGUCUUCUUGUUGGCACAUAGACAACACUCUCCUCCACAAUUUGCUUACCUCCCGGAAUCCAGCAAAACAGCGCAAGUUUUCCCCCCCCCCUAAAUAUUUUUAUAUUGAAAACAACAAAACUAUUUUCCUUUCACUCCAUCUAAGAUCACCACAUGUAACUAUUCUUCGCUGAUGGAAGUCUGUUCACAGAGCAGGUUAUUAAGGGUGCUGGUGAAAAAUCAGAUUCCGCUCAAUGUACUAAGUGCCUCGCGAAGGGGAUCUCCAACAUAUCCUUGUCUAAGGCCACAGUGCUGCUGAUCCUUAUUGGCUAAUGCAGUGCAAGGCGCCUCCUAAAAAGCUGCUCCUGACAAUGAUCCCAGCACAGCCGUGUCCUACACUGAGAUGGACCUUCCCAACAGCUCUGCCAUUUAUAGACUUGUGGGAACCCGCUGUCCUUGUGCCAGCAAACUGCGCUUACUGACGUAGGAUGUGCUUUAUCCGAAAUGAAGGAACGGAAGCCAAAAUGAGUAUUGUGUUUGGCAGUGACACAAUACAACUCAGGAUUGCUGAGGCUGUGAAAUAUCUAGCAUAGGAAAAUAUAGUAAAUAUAGUAAAUGUUUUUUUUAUAUCUUAAUUUUGAGGUAAAAACAUUGAAUAAUUUAUUGCAUUUUUUAAUUUAUAUUUUGAAUGUAUAAUGGAAUUAGGGCCGAAUCUUUAAAUUAUUCAAGUAGUGUUUUUAUACUCCAGACAUCUUGCCUUGAUUUGCACUCUCCAUUAUUUAUAUUGGUUUUAUUAUAGCACCUGAAAUAGACACGCAAUCUUGACUGAAUAUGCAAUGCGCACGUGGGUUAGGCACAUAUCAAGCUUCAUUAUUACACACUUAUCUCUUUGGUGGAGGCCUGAAGUCUGUUGCAGGUUUCUAGGGAAUAUAUUUAUAUACAAAGGGGACUGUUGGCCACAAAGCAACGGGCUUAUGAUGUCGUUUUCACUAAAAAUCUGACCCUGUAACUACUGAAUGGGUGUUUCUGAAUGGGUGUUUCAGACCUGACUUCUAGGAGUGAGAACCAAAGAUCCGGUUUGUAUUGCUGCCAUACAUUUCUGCUGCAGAUUCCCAACUCUAUAAAAACGAAAGGAAUCUGCUGCGUGUUUGUGGCUUUCUCUCUGAUUGGCUGUUCUAAUGCUCAGUGAGCAGGAGUCGAAGUAUCUGCUAAACCUUGUUUCUAUUUCUGUUGUAUUUAUUUUGCAUACAUGGUUUUUCUAUAUGUUCUGGUGUGGGUGUGUGUGUCUGUUGCAUUCCUGUAAACCUGGAUUAUUUAGGUCAUUUCUGCUCUCUGCAGCCUUUGUUCUGAGCUGGAAAGGAAAAUACUUGAUAAAAAAAAGAAUGAGCCACCCCAGACUCAAUUACCAAAGUGAAACCCAAAUCUGUCAUUAGUCGCUGUUCUGCUAAGAAGAGGAUACCCAGGACCGAUGUGGAGGGAUUAGCAUUCCAAUAGAAUUUAGUGGUUUAAUUUAUCCAUGCAAUUUCAUGCACUAGUCACAAAGUGGGGUCUUUGUGGCCAUUAUAGGAAAGGAGAUUUCCUGCUGGUCUUUAAUUUUUGGGAAUUUGUUAAAUGUUUUUCCUUAAUGAAUAAAUAUCUGAUAAAAGCAA